GUAUAAAGAUCGUCCGACCGCCAAGCAUCUUGACCAGUAGCAAACCAAAGCCACGAUGAAACAAGUUGUGUUGUAUAUCUGUGUGGGCUCUCUUCUUAUCCUGAUGGGUUGCAGCUUUGCACAUGGAGAUACUCCACUACUAUCUUGCCCAACAAACGAAGUUUACACCGUUUUGAAAACUCUUUGCGAACCAACCUGUUUCACCAACUGCACCAAUGUACGCGCUUCAUCGACACGCCUCUAUCCGGCAUGCGUUUGCCCGCCCGGUCAGGUACGCCACAGCAAAGUUUGUAUCCCCAAAAUCAAAUGCCCGGUGGCACAAACCCUCUCUCCGCCCGUGCUAACGUCCCUACUCGCUGCGCCACCCUGCCCGGCGAAUUCGCGGUACAACAUGUGUACGCCGUGCUGCCAGCCAACGUGCACCAAUGAUUGCUCCACCAUUCGCUGUAUUGCUGCUUGCACUGGAUCACCAACAUGUGUCUGCAACGAGGGCUUCGUAAAACUCGGCCAGAAUUGCGUUCCCAGAUCAGCCUGUCCUAAGGCGACUCGAGGCUCAUAGGUAAAUGGCUCGUGAAGUUUAAUAAUAAUCUUUACGUUCCUUGUUUUGUCCUCUUUAAAAAGGCAAUGAAAUAUAUGGGUGUAAAAUGUU